GCAAAACUAUACUGCGCGCCGAAGUUUUCAUCUGCCUGCUCGACGAAUUUCCAAUGAAUCCGGUUCUCCUCGGCAUUCGGUAACAUGCCUGUGCAUUGCUGCGUGCCGCUUUGCAACCAGCGAGGAGUUCUGGACGACAACGGCUCGAAGGUGUCGUUCUUCUGUUUUCCGAAGGAUCCGCAUCUGAAGAAGAAAUGGAUUGUAGCCAUUAAGCGCGAUGAAGGAAAGCUUUUUGUCGUGACGAAGCACACGAAGGUGUGCUCGAAUCACUUCACCGCCGACAGCUACUUGCCGAAUGUAGUCGGCGAUAGGCGUUACCUUCGGGUUGACGCCGUGCCGAGCGUGUUUGCCUUUGGAAAACCCAAGCCACCAGCAAGAAAAAAGCCGAAAGACCGACAGCAGUGUGUCGCGAAAAGAAAGCUGCUUUCCGCCGUCGGCCAGGCUAGCAGCUCCGGGUUCGCGUCACAACCACUGCUUUCUCCCAGUAGUGAUGUCGCAGCGUCGCGGGAUUCUUCAACAGCUGUUGAAACUAUGGACGCCACAGAGUGCGAAUCAAGUGUUUCAACGCCGGCCAGUGCGACCCACGUCCGAGACCACGAAGUGUGUGAUUGUGCAUGUGCAGUUAGAGUGUCGGAGCUCGAGAAGCAGCUUUCUGUGCUUCAAAUGCGCAUACACCAACUGGAAAGCGACCUAGAAGGUAGUACCGAAGAGGUGAAGUCUGCGAAAGCAAAUGCAGUGAGAGUGCCUGAGCUCGAGAAGCAGCUCUCUUUACGUCAAGUGUGUAUACAACAACUGGAGAGCGACUUGGAAAUUAGAACCAAAGAGGUGAAGUCAGCAAAAGACACGCUUUAUAAAGCUCAGAGAGAGUAUGAAAUACUCAAUAUGGAAAACAAAAAGCUUGAUCGGCAUAAAAGCAGGCAAUUUUCUGUCGAAUGCUUCAAGGACAGCCCUGAGGACAUUAGUUUCUACACUGGGCUUUCAAACUUUGAAUCAUUCAUGUGCUUCUUUCGUUUGAUAAACCCCGGUGACUGUGUGGAAAAUAUAAAAGUAUGGUCUAGGAGCUAUUCAAGUAGAUCAAGUAAUGCAGGGAGGCCGCACAUGCUGACAGCUAAGGACCAGCUUUUUCUUGUUCUCGUCAGGUUGCGCCUUGGGCUCUUCGAAAGAGACCUUGCCUACAGGUUCAGGGUGUCCAUUGCUACAGUAUCCAGAAUAUGUACCACAUGGAUCAGCUUUAUUUAUUUACAGGUUGGCCAGAUGGACCUUUGGCUGAGCAGAGACAAGGUUGACAAGGCUAUGCCAGCCGUUUUUAAAGAGCGAUACCCAUCAACAAGAGCCAUUAUUGACGCAACAGAAGUGAGAUGCGAAGUUCCAAGCUCUCUGGUCCUUCAGUCGGCAACCUACUCAACCUACAAGUCAACUAAUACAAUGAAGGGUUUGGUUGUCAUUUCACCUGAUGGAACAAUCACAUUUUUGUCAAAACUAUUUACAGGGUCGGUGUCGGACAAAGAGCUCGUUGAAAAAAGUGGGUUUUUAAAACUCAAAUUUGAGCCUGGCGACUCGGUAAUGGCAGACAAGGGCUUUAAGAUACAGGACCUGCUCAGUGCAAAAGGAGUUGCGUUGAACAUUCCCCCUUUCCUUCGGAGACAGCACCUGACCGAAGAAGAAGUUAGACAAACAGAGGAAAUUGCAAGUCUCAGAAUACAUGUCGAGCGACGCAUUCAACGUAUUAAGGCAUUUCACAUUUUCGACAGGCCCAUCCCACUGUCAAUUGCACCGAUCAUUAAUGAAAUUUGGGCAUUGUGUGCAUUCUUAAGCAAUCUUCAAAGUCCUUUAAUAGCAACCUAGGAUCUGUGCAAGGUGUCGGUUCAGUACUACGUAGCCUUCCCAGUGACUGCCAAGCUAGCAUAGCCAAAGCCAUGAGCACAUGGCUUCGAUACUCGUUUCAAGAAAAGGAUACAAGGGA